AUGUUGAAAGUAGUAGGAUUGGAGGAUAACCAGCGAUUCGCAUUGAUGAAAGUAAGUCAACGUUUCGAUUCGAAAGAAGGUAUGACCGCAGGGUCGAGGUCAUGACAGAAAAAGAUAUUAUGAACGUGUCUGACGAAUAAUUUAUUAACGUUUUGUGUUGUGAAUUCGACAUUCUGCUUUAUUUAAUUUUCACUUGCCGAUUUCGAUAUAUACAACAUAUUCUUUUUUAUCUGUAUCAUAUGUUUUAAUUUAGUCUGUAUUAUAUAUUUUAUUAAUUUUAUCUGUAUUAUAUAUUUUAAUUUAAUAGAAAAAUCUGUUAACUUAGAUGUGCAUGAAAAUGCAAGAAAAUAUCUAAAUUGUGAAAGUAAUUUUUGAAAGUAAUUUAUUGAGUAUAAAAUAAAUAUUGCUUGAAUCAUAAAGAGGAAGAGGAUUAACGGUUUUGCUUGAAUUAAGAAAAGAAACAAAUCAGUAUUAUUGACAAUUCACAAGAAAUAGAAUUAUGUACGAAUUUAAUAGAAGUAUUAUUUCAUAAAACAUAUUGUGAUUUUUGGUAGAUUUUUAUCUGAUACCAUGUAGGUAAUGAUAAAAAUAUAUAGCUGAAUUUUUACAAAUGUGUGGUCCAUAAUUCCGUAAGAAAAAAUUCAAACAUUCUAAGCGUUUCUCCCAAACAAUUUUCAUCUGAAUAUUUUUUUCGCCAGAUACAUUAGUAGAAAGCUACAAAACUAUGACUUUUUAGACUAAAAUGAUUAGAGGGUUAAUUAUUUAAUUAUUAUAUUCAAUGAUAAUAAGCAAGAUUGCUUUAUAUAUACAUAUAAUAGAAACCAAGAUAAGAAUCGUAUGGUACAUCUUUCUCCGUGGUUCAAAUCGAAGAAAUCAAUAAUUAUCAAGUCUACUUUACAGAUAAUAAGACAUGUAAACUUAAAGGUGAAGUAAACAAUUACAUUAUCAUAGAGAUUGCUGUUGCAUAAUUAAUUUGAAUAAAUAAUGCAGAUUAGUAGAAAAUUAUACGUUUUACGUAAUAAAAUUUUCUUGAAUCAGAAGCCUUCUACAAAUGAAAAGAAAAAGACCAGUCAUUACAUACGUGAAUUCUUAAAUAAACUAAAUUUGGAAAUUGGAAUAUCAAUCGAAAGUAGAUACGUUGUUUUUGAUUAUGAAGAUUUACAUUCAAAUUACAAAUAAUCCAAAUGAGACAAAAUACUUGUUAUUAGUUACAAGAAUAAAAGAAUACGUGCAAAUUAUUAUUGAAAGCAACUUGUUACAUAUAAAUCAGUAUCGAUUCGAGACAUGGGAGAAUUGUACGAACUACAUACAAAUCCAAAUUAACAAAAGUGAACGGAGAAAGUCUAUGGAGUGGCGGAAACAAUGGGAAGUUGAUAAAUUAAGCGAAUGGGAUCCUCCUCAAAUUUUGAAUGAUUAUCUACCUCACGGUCUAUGUGGUUUCGACAAGAAUGGUGCCCCAGUGGUUGUUGUGUAUUUCGAUGCACUGGACAUUUAUGGUAUUUUGCAUGUUGUUUCGAGAAGGGAAAUGAUAAGAGUGACUAUAAAACGUCUCGAAGAAUAUUUAAAUCUUUGUCGAGAACAAAUGUUAAAACAUGGUCCUGCGGCUGGUCAGGUUGUCGUAAUUUUCGAUAUGCAAGGUUUCAACUUGCGACAGUAUCUCUGGAGACCAGCUCCAAAAGUAUUUGCUUUUGCAUUUUCGGUAGCAAAGAAGUUUAUGAAUGAGUAUACUUUGUCAAAAAUUCAAAUAUACAAAGCAGAUCCUGCGAAAUGGCAGGCAGCAAUAUUUAGUAAUAUUGAUAGAGACCAAGUGCCUGCUUUUUUUGGAGGUACCCUUAAAGACCCUGAUGGCAAUCCAAAACUUGGUACCAAGAUUUGUCUUGGUGGCAAAGUUCCUAAAGAAAUGUAUGUAACAAACAUAGAAAAAGAUAAACAGACCUUCACGACAGUUACGAUUAAGAAAGGUGGAAAACUGGAGCUUGAUAUGUCAGCACAUGAGUUGGGAUCUCUACUGAGUUGGGAAUUUCGAACCGAGAAUCAUGACAUUAAAUUUGGUAUCGUAAAGAAGGAUAAUAAUGGAAGACAGAAGGAAGUAAUACCCAUACGACGAGUGGCUGCUCAUCAAUUAGACGAGAUUGGAAUUUUGACUUGUGAAGUACCUUCUACAUAUUCUGUUGUCUUUGAUAACAGUUAUAGCAUAAUGAGAAAUAAGAAAAUUCAUUAUUCUGUGAGAAUUAUACCACCAUCAGAAUCGCAAGAAUUAACGCCAGCAACUUCAUAAAUAAUAUACAUUGUGUAGAGGACGCUUUCCUCUAGCCUUGGCUCUACAGCCAACGGCAAUAAACAUAUAAACGUAAUGUGAGAGAUGCAUAUCUGAACAGUACUGUUAGGUCCAUAAAGUAAUUGCAAAUAUUACUUUAUGGGACUGACCUUUGCUCAAUGACAUAUCUUGGUCGAAAAGGACCUACCUUCCCAAUCAUUAAAAGGGCACAAAGAGAGUCGGUCUGCAUACAAUCUUCUUUUAUUCACAUUACUUAACUACUUUCCGCUUACCGUUGUCAUCUCUUCGCCUUUUGUUACCUUACUACCCUCGCAUCUGAAUUCUCAUUGAAAAUAUAUGACUAAUAUUAUAGAAACAAUACAUUCCAUAGAGUAUUUCAAGAAAAUGAUGCUUUUACUUAAUUUUUUCCUUUCUUAAUUGUAUAAUUGUAGAAAGAGAAAUUAUUUCAUACAAUUUUUAUAAAUUUUAUGACAAUAAAUUAUUUAGUUUAUAUGUAAAAAUUUAUCUAUAUUAUAGUUUUAUGUUAUAAAAUAUAGUUCUUGUGUUAUAAUAGCAUUAUUAUAGAUAUUUAUAAUAUAUAUACAUUUAUGAGAAUUAUAUAUCUAAUAAAGUGAUUUGUAAGAAAAGAAAAGAUAGGAAUUGGUAUAAAAGAAUUUGAUUAUAACGUGUACCAAUAAAAUUAUACAGUAAUUUUAUAUCUUUCAGACUUGUAAAAAAUAAAGUUAAGUAUAAAAUUUUGAAUAUAAAAACAAUUUAUAAAAUUUAUUGUUUACUAACUAAUAAAAAUGUUCAUUUUGAUACAACAUAUGAAAUUAAAUUACUUAAUUAUCUUCAUCAGUAAGUAACAUUUCAAUUAAGUCAAUCUUUUGACAUUGAUCACCUUCCAAACGUUUUUGUGUAUUCCAUUUUGCUAAAGUUGGUAGAACUCUUAACUUUGUUAUAGAAUUUGUCCGAAAUGGACAAUUCAAGUCCUUCCAACACAGUCUGGACACCAACUUUUGCCAUUAGGAAGUUUUUUACCGCUGUAAAGUACGUAAACUGAUUCAUUAGAUUUGAAGUUUUUCAUAAAUUUGAAAAAAUUCUCGUAUCCUUCUACGUGAUGACGCAAAACCAUCUUUCGUGAUUUUUUUUUACAAACGUAACGAUAUUAAAAUUUAAUGAAUGUAUUUUUUAUUUUAUGAGAUAUUAUUGUGCCACAGUUUCUUAUUAACUGUGAAAUGAUUAAUUGUGAAAUGACAACUUGCACCUAAGAUAUUUUCAGUUGAUAUUAAUCCAAUUGAUAAGAGACGGUUCGCUUUGAUUAAAGAUAAGAACGUUUAGUAUACUAAUCAAUAUACAAUUAACCUUAGAUUUGAAUAUUAUUCAAUUAAAAUAUGAUUUACAAAUAUGUUUUAUAAAAUCGAUAUUAAUUCACGAAGUAUCUUUCCAAUAAAUAACAAUGUCAGUAUCCUAUGCAUCGUCGUAUAUACAUGUAUAUACAUACACA